GAUGGAUAUAUGUGAUCAAAACAGUUUUGUUUCAGAUUUGAUAAACUCCAUGUAGGUUUCUCUAUAUUUGCAUCCGGCAAGUUUAUCAAUGAUAUAGAUUAAUCCUAAACUAGAAACAGCAAUAUAGUCUUCACUCGAGUCAAAUUGGAAGUGUUUAUGAUCUGAACUGUUGUAAACUAGCAAACAGCUGUUAUUAUCAACAUGGACUGUGGCAGCAUUUUCUAAAGAGCAGCUUACAGUUAAGAUACAAGAAUGGUUGGUGGGGUGGAGCAAGCCACACCCUUUCCUCGAGUAUAUUCCCCACCCCCUUCCACCCACCCUCCGCCUGGAUUUUCAUCAACUCCGCCCCCUGCCUCCUCACCUAUACACAUACCUGCCCGAGGAUUAGUUCAUCCUGGAGACACCAUUUUCGAUCUUAGCGGAAUGGACACCGUCCGCCUCGUGGAGAGAGAGACCCAUACUGAACAGGAGCCGAAUACGGCGGUAGAUGAAACUACGCCACUUCUGAAUACUAUCUCUUCUCUUAGUAGUUCUAUUGCUGGUAUGAGAAGUACUAAACCUUUAUCUGUUCCGACCAUAGAGAAUCGUCUCAAUCCUUACGGGAAUGCACAGAUUGUUGAGAGACUAUUAUCUGGUGGAGAGAGGCAGCAUUUUCAGUAUCUUCAGUGGAAUCAGGAGGGUUUAGAGAAGAUGCAACAACUCAAGAAGAAGAAGGAGAAGAGAGCUAAGAAGGCCCGAGAACGAAAUGUGAAAGAGGUGAAGAGAGCCGAGGAGGUGGAAGGUUAUGAAGGCGAAAAGGAACUAGCGGAUAUACUACAGGGUCUUGGAGAAAAUGCGGGAGAAGAUAAAUUAAAGAAAAUACGCAAAACCAAGGAUUUUAAAGAGAAGAAGGAACGGAAACGGAAACCGGUUGAAAAAUGCGUGGAAGAUGAAUCGGAAGAUGAGAAGGAUGAAGAGGAGGAAGACGAGAAGAAAAAGAUUGUCAAAGAAACUGAGGGAAAGAAAGCCUUAAAGAAGAAGAUUGGUUCUGAAAAUGAGAAGAUUAAAGAUAGUUUAAAGAAUCCUGUUCUAGUCAAUAUUCAAGAGACAAGCAAACCUUUUACUCUUCCUGCAGACGGACUUGGACCUAGAAGUAGAAAUAACAGUGAACAGUCAACAGAAAGUAGUUUUGUACAAGUUAAAGGGAAGAAGAAUAGAGGGAGGAGAGGUAAAGAGGAGGAGGAGAGUAAGGAUGAGUUCAUGCAGAAGAAUGGAGGAGGAGGGAACAGAGAGACUAAGAGAACAUCUAACUACUCUCUCAGGUCUCGUGAGGUGCCAGUUGUAACAGAUUAUGAUAACAAAAACCCCUCGUGGGCCCAGGAACACCAACCCUGGUCCUCAGAGCAUCAUUCCCGGGCCCAACCUGGUAUUCAAUCCAAAGCUAAACUGCCAACCCCUCCCCCUACUCUCCCUGAUACUAGGAAGGAGUUCCCCACCCUGGAUAUUGCUCAGGAUUUCCCAGCUCUGCUGCCCUCCUCUCUACCGGAGCUAAUUCUUCCCUCCGCUUGGGUUAAAACUCCGACUAUUCCUCGUGAUACCAAGGCUGUGAUAAAUCCAUUUCCUCUUCUCUCAGAGCAGGCUCCGGUGCUCUCAGAGCAAGCUCCGGUGCUCUCAGAGCAAGCUCCGAUCUUUUCGGAGCAAGCUAAGCUUAUUCCGGAGAAAAUUUCUGGACAAUCUGGCGAAACCUAUAAUAAUUGUGAUAUAAACAUGAAAGGAGUAAAUAAAUCCGCCCCGGUUAGUGCUGAAGUGAAAGUAUCAGAAAAGGGCUUCACGGACAAAUGUGAACAGGUCAAAUGUGGUUUAAUUGAGAUUGUGGAGCCGGCUAUAAACAAUAUUGGAGACGGAGCUAGUAAAGUGAUAACUAAUGUCGACCAAGCUCCUGAAAGCAAAGUCGAGAAAGCUUCUGGAAGCUUUGUAGAUGGAGAAGUUGUGUCAAAUUCCACGGAUCAGGAUAAUUUCGAGUUUGAUACUCGAACUAAUCCUGUAGUUUUAGGUGCUGAGUUCCUAGAAGAAUCAACAGAGAUAAGUUUUGGGUUUGAUGUGAACGAGGAGCUGGUUUCUCUGUCCAUGGCUGGAGAAAGUACUAUUCCGUCCACUCCACUCCAAAGUGGUUACACCACACCGGUCCCGGAGCCAGUAAAUGCCUCUGAUACCGCCGUAGCAACCGCUUCUACCUCAUACGCCCCCGCUCCAAUUGAAUCCUAUGACGGAGCGAUAUUAUGCUACGGAGCCCUGGAGGGCGGAUAUGUUGCCACUGAGGCAAGGUUGGUUUCUAUCAGUGCUUCUCCGCCCUUUGGUUUGAUUAAUGGUGUUGGAAUUCAGAACAGUGGGAUUCCUCCCCCUUUCCCAGCACACCUAACUGCUCAGAUAAACCCUGAGAUGGUUAACACAGAUAUGGUGGAAGACCAAGAGGCGGGCACAGCCGCCGUAUCCCCAGAGUCCGGUAUAAGCUCCGCCAGUCCUUUGUCCUGGCAGGUUGAGGACAAUAUUGGCGGUGAGGACAGAUCCUCGUCCUCUCCUGUUCUCCUGCAGCCCGGUUCAUAUCCUCGCAACAAUAAAAAGAAGGGAGCUAGUAUAAUGGAGCAGGUUAACAGUUCUUUGGAACACUGGAGCAGACAUUCAACCCCGGAGCCGGCUUAUAGGGGAUCCCCAACAGCCUGGCAGUUGUCAAGAACAGAUAACAGCGUAGCAGAGGACAGCGGUCUAGGUUUAGCUGAUGACAGUGUUGUUACUAGUCACGUGGUUAAACCUGCUGCUGGAACUGCUAACUACCCGGAGAUUGUGGGUUUCCUUCAGAAGAAUUGGAUCAAGGUCGCGCAGGACAAGAAGAUCAACAUCUACCAGGGGGAGUAGGGGGAGUAAAAGAUCUUCAUCAACCACUUGAUCUACAUCCAGUAGAUCUACAUCAACUACUUGAUCUACAUCCAGGAGAUCUACAUCAACCAUUUUAUCUACAUACAGGAAAUCUUCAUCAACUACUUGAUCUACAUGCAGUAAAUCUGCAACAACCACUUGAUCUACAUCCGGUAGAUCUACAUCAACCACUUGAUCUAAAUACAGUUGAUCUACAUCAACCACUUGAUCUACAUACAGUAGAUCCUCGAUCUAAGCAGUUGAUAUACAUGAUACAGUUGAUACACAAAUUGCAAUUGAUCAACCGGGAUAAUAAAUUUAUCAUCAUGUAGACUCAGAUCAACCCAGAGCUUAUCUUCUAACCCAAGUAGAUCAACUAUUUGAUCAGUUCUUGCUUCAGUUGCAGUAGUAGAUCAAAUAUUAAUUUCAUUAUGCUCUUCAUGAUAAAUUAAUUGAUCAAUCUCUUAUUUAGUUGUAGUAGUAGAUUAAUUAGAAAACUGAUUCUGAGUUAAUUGAUCAUUCCCUGCUUCAGUUGCGUUGAAGAUCAAUUACUUAACUGAUCCUGCUCUUCAAGAUCAAUUUUCCGACUUCGAAAUUAAUCUUUUAUUGUUCCAAUAUAUUUCCGAAGAUAAGAAUUCUGAUAAAAAUGAGAUGUUUAAUGUCUAAUAUACAUUCUGAAAACCCCAGUUAAAAUUCUGAUUUAAUUAAUGUUUGGUUUGAAGUAAUCAAGUUCAAAUUAAAAUGCUGCCGCUAAAUAUUUAAUUUUAACGGUAAAUUGAAGGGGAGGGUUUUUUUUCGUCAAUUGUCCUGGCAAACUUUCUCCGUUUUUGAACUCAAUUUAUUGUUCUUCAGUGUACAUAAAAUUGAUACUUCUAGUUUUCUAGUUUGUUCUCAGAGAAGUAGCAUCAUUAAACGCUUUUUUUAAAGUUCGAAUCGAGCUUUCGAUGCUUUAAGUUUUAAGAAUGGUGUUUGCUGAACUAACGUCCUUAAUUUUUCUUUCUUUUAUAAGUUCUCAUUUUUAUGGUUUCCAGGGGUGCCUUUUUUCUUUAGAAAUGCUUAAGAAUUAUUUUUUACAUUUUUCAUUUGUCAUUUAUAACAAAAAUCUAGUUGAAAAGAAGGGUUUGACCAAAUUUGUUCUUUUAUUGCUGACACAUUUUGUUGUUACAGCCUUCCCUUUUUUGAGUAAAAAUGCCAAUAUAAACCUUUUUUGUUGAAAAAUAUACAAAUACCAGUUUUAAUGUUGCAAAGACGUCAUUCAACAAUCAGUUGUAUUUUUUAUUUUCUGCUUUUUAAAUUGAACUUGUUCUAAAAAUAAAUUGGGAAGAGAUUUCUAAAAUUCAGUCUGAGUUUACGGAGUACAUUUUUAGUCCGUAUCCAUUGAUUUAUUUGUACUCUACAGUACAUCAUUACAGAGUACAAUUUGUUCAGUACAGUACACGUUCAAUACAAUUUAUAAUUAGCGUUGUGAAAAUUGAACUAUUAUAUUGUACAACACAUUGUGUAUUGUACACGGUUCAUUUGGAAAUACACACCUUAACGUAUUUUAGUGGAUCAUGUGUUGGUGCAUAUUUUUUAUGUACCAGAAGUAUAUUAGUGUAAUGUUGGUUGUUGUACUGUUUUGUACUGCACACAGGUCCUGUAACUACGGUUUUCUUCCGUUUAAUAAAAUUCAUGUGAUAUUAUGUACCGUAUCAGGUCGGCAUUGUAAUUCCAUUUUUAUUAUGAUUAUUAAUAUGUUGAUUUUAUGAUUAUAAAUUUGUACUGAUCAACAAACUGAUUUCCGGAGACAAGAAAGGUUCUAAGAGAAUUGAGUUCACAGACUCAGUCUUAAAUUGUGCAUAAUUACUUCUCGUGGAACCUGAAAGAACUCGGGAUCUUAGUGUGUUAUCUUUCUAAAUAUAACCAUCGUCAAGUUCCCAGAUUUUCUGGUUCCUUAUCCCGGAUAUUCUAGUUCCUGUUCACUGAAUAAUUUAUUUCCAAUAAUUACAAUAUGCCGCCUGUACUAUUACGAUUUUAAGAGUUUAAUUCAAAAAAUUCGUUUUUAUGUAAAAAGAAAUUAAUUUUUAAAUAAACAAGAAUUUCGUUUUC